AAUCACUCCAGAAACUAAGAACGGAAAUGGGGACGCGCGUAAAUGUUUUAUUGGUGACCUUAUUUGUUAUUGGAAAUUUAUGUUCAAUAUGUGCAGAAGUCCAGACGAAGUCAACUCUUCGAGUCUCUGCAGUUCUUGACAGCCCAUAUUUGAUGUUAAACAGGGAUGGGAGUUAUGUUGGAUAUUUACCCGAUCUACUUGACAAGCUUAACAUCACAUACAAUAUUUCACUGGCACCUGACAGUCAGUAUGGUGUACAAUACCCAAAUGGGUCCUGGGCAGGCAUGGUUGGAGAACUGGCCAAUGGGAAUGCCGACAUAGCAGGGCUACUAACGGUGAUAACCCCGCGAUCUGGUGUGAUAGAUUUUUCAUACCCGGUCAUGCCUGUUAGUUUGUCCCUCUUGAUCUCGAAACCUAGUGUUAUCAACAUCUCAACACUUGCCAGACUUCUCUAUCCGUUCAACCUUUCUGUUUGGGUUAUGGUGAUUGUAGUCUUCGUUGUUGUCGGAACUGUGCUGUACGUCAUGAUGCGAUUUAAUCCUUAUGAAUGGAGAAGAAUGGCACGUGAUCACGAGGCAACCGUGCAGGAAGGAGAGUCAUUCACGUGUCUCAAUUCUUUCUUCUUUGUUACAAGUACACUUAUGUGGCAAGGUUACAAUCAGGCGCCCCGUUCAAUAGGGGCUCGAGUUUUGGUAGUGACAUGGUGGAUAUUUACUAUUAUUUUAAUCGUAUCUUACACAGCCAAUCUCACAAACCUUUGCAGCACCGGAUUUUUCACAAGUUCUAACGAAAGAGAACUCCCAGUUAAAAGUCUAAGUGAUAUUGCGUAUAGUGACAUGAGAGUAGGAUUUCUACAAGGGGGUGCUACGCACAGAUUCUUCCGCGAGUCCAAAUCAUCUGUUGAUCAAAAAAUUUACAAGAAAGUCAUCAAUGAUGCGAAAUAUAACGAGUUUGAAACUGCAGAAUAUCUUGUUGAACAAAUACGGAGGAAUCGCUAUGGUAACGGGUUUGUUGCUAUUGUUGAAAGUCCCACGUCUAGAUACAUGGCAAGUAGAAAGCCCUGUGAUCUUAUUGACCUCAAACAAGACUUCUCACACUCAUAUUUUGCAUUUGGAUUACCAAAAGGAUCAUCUCUUGAAAAAAAUUUGAACUUUGCAUUAGUCAAACUGACCGAAACCGGCGAAAUACACAAGCUAGAAAAGAAAUGGUUUGAACAACAAGCGGAAUGUUCAGAUGUGAGGAACCCUGUGACGCAAAGAGAAAGGCCUAGAUUUUAUAGUCUCGAUUUAGCGACUUUCUCAUCGGCGAUACUAAUAGUUCUUCUCGGACUUGUUAUUGGAGUGUUCAUAUGCCUAGUUGAAAUAUGCGUUUACAGACGUACCAAAUCGCAUGCGAACGACGAUGAAACGAAACCAAUGACAGUUCAGGAGACAGCAGAUAAACCAGACGAGGGAAUUGAAGACGUGACACCGGCUAUACACGUGUACGAGGAUAAUACUUCAUAAAAAAGUCCUUGAAUAGCAAUAGAAGUCUUGUUCAUGAAUCAUUUUUUACAAUUUUCAUAUUUUAUACGUUUACAAUUAUUUUGUCAUUCUGUUUGA